CGCAUCGCCGGCGGCACGUGGCAGCUCCUCACCGCCCACUCCGGAAAGCCGGUGGCAGUGAAGUGCCAAGCGGAGGGCAGGCCCCCUCCCUCCGUCUGGUGGGUUCUAGCAAAUGAGACGCGUGUCUCCAGCUCUUCCCCGGGGAAUAGCAAAGCUCACGUGGAGCCGGACGGCACGUUACUCAUCGAGGAGGUGACGGUGUACGACAGGGGCCUCUACACGUGCGUAGCCAAGAACCCAGCGGGCACUGCCACACGGGCCGUGAGACUGCAGGUCAUUGCGCCUCCUCCCGCUAUUCGGGAAGAGAAGAGACAGCGUGUGGAAGGAGGGAUGGGGGAGGACCUCCAGCUGCCUUGCACCGUGGAAGGGAAGCCUCAGCCCACCGUUCACUGGGUCCUCUUCGAUGGCACCGUGGUGAAACCGCUGCAGCUGGUGAAGGCAAAGCUGUUCCUGUUCCCCAACGGCACCCUCCGCCUCCGCAACGCCGCUCCUUCCGACAGCGGGAACUACGAGUGCAUAGCCACAAGCUCGACGGGCUCGGAAAGGCGGGUGGUCAGCCUCGUGGUGGAACACAGAGACACGCUCCCGAAAAUAGUUACCGCCUCUCCAGAAAUGACUCGGCUGAAUUUUGGGGAUCAGUUGCUUCUGAACUGCACAGCGACCGGGGAGCCGAAGCCCAGGAUCCUCUGGAGGUUACCUUCCAAGGCGCUUGCUGACCAGUGGCACAGGAUGGGAAGUCGAAUCCGCGUGUACCCCAACGGAUCCUUGGCUGUCGAGGCAGUUACGGAAAAGGAUGCAGGUGACUAUUUGUGUGUUGCAAGAAACAAGAUCGGAGAUGACCUGAUCCUGAUGAAAGUCAGCGUCGCAAUGAAACCGGCCAGGAUCGACCAGAAACAGUAUUUCAAGAAGGUGGUGCCAUACGGAAAAGAUUUCAAGGUGGACUGCAAGGCCUCGGGAUCACCCGCACCCGAAAUAUCCUGGAGUUUGCCCGAUGGGACGGUGAUCAACAACGCGAUGCUGGCGGAUGACAGCGGACGCCGGUCUCGCAGGUACAUCCUCUUCGACAACGGAACUCUGUAUCUGGACAGAGUUGGAGUGACAGAAGGAGGAGAUUACACCUGCUACGCCCAAAACACGCUGGGGAGAGACGAAAUGAAGGUACGCCUCACGGUCGUCGGUAUAAAGCACGGCUACGAGACACGCCGUGCAGUGCAAGCCGGAGACACGGCGCUGCUGGACUGCGAAGCUGGCGGAGAACCCAAGCCAAAAAUAUUCUGGCUGCUGCCUUCCAGCGACGUGAUCUCCUCGUCGGCAGACAGACACCUCCUGCACGCCAACGGGUCUCUGUCCGUCGCGGGCGUCAAGCUGUCAGAUGCCGGGGAGUACACGUGCGUUGCUCGCAAUCCCGGAGGGGACGAUACGAAACUGUACAAGCUGGACGUUGUUGCUAAACCGCCUGUCAUAAACGGUUUAGACGCCAACAGAACAGUCAUGAAAGUGACGGCCGUGAGGCAUUCGAAGAAGCAAAUCGACUGCCGGGCGGAAGGGACGCCCCCCCCGCAGAUUAUGUGGAUCAUGCCUGACAACAUUUUCGUAACAGCUCCCUAUUACGGGAGCAGGAUCAUGGUGCACAGGAAUGGGACACUGGAGAUUCGGAACUUAAGGCCUUCGGACACAGCAGACUUCAUCUGCGUGGCACGCAACGACGGGGGAGAGAGCGUGCUGGUGGUGCAGCUCGAGGUGCUGGAAAUGCUGAGGCGACCGAUGUUUAAAAACCCAUUCAAUGAAAAAAUAAUAGCGAAACCUGGGAAAUCUACCACGCUGAAUUGUUCUGUGGAUGGAAACCCCCCGCCUGACGUAAGCUGGAUGUUGCCUAACGGCACCUGGUUCUCCAGCGGCAUCAGGACCUCCCAGUUUCUCACGGGAAGCGAUGGCACCCUUACCAUCCAUAAUCCCGACGGAGACAAAGCGGGGAGGUAUCGCUGUGCUGCCAGGAAUCAGGUCGGCUAUAUUGAGAAGCUGGUCGUCCUGGAAGUCGGCCAGAAGCCCAGCAUUCUCGCUCGCCCGACGGGGCCAGUGACGGGCGUGAGCGGGGAGCCGCUGUCACUUCCCUGCUCCUCUGAUGGGAGUCCCAAGCCACGUACAGCGUGGACUCUGCCGGGCGGCUACGUGCUGGACCGACCGCAGAUCAACGGGAAACACAUCCUGCUGGAAAACGGUACCUUGGUGAUACGGGAAGCCACCAUCCACGACAGAGGAGAUUACGUCUGUAAGGCCCACAACAGCGCUGGCGAGUCCUCCGUCACCAUCCCGGUCGUUAUCGUGGCGUAUCCCCCGCGGAUCACCAACAGACCCCCGCGGGCCAUGCACACCCUGCCCGGCGCGGCCGUUCAGCUCCACUGCGCAGCACUGGGGAUGCCAAGCCCAGAGAUUACCUGGGAAUUGCCUGACCGCUCCGUACUCUCCACAGGUAACCCAGGCCGAGCAUCUGGGAGCGAACGGCUUCGCCCCCCGGGGACACUGCUCAUCCAGAACCCCCGACCCUCGGAUUCCGGCGCCUACAAGUGCACAGCGAAGAACCGCCUCGGCAGCGAUGUCGCGGUAACGUACCUUCACGUCAUCUGA